AUGAAGAAACAAGUAAAAACAAGGAGGCGUUGUGUGAGAUACAGUUUUGAAAGCGAUCGUUUAUCUAUUUCUGAGCCGAAUUUGGCAGUUUCCAGAAAACACAGUGAUCGAUUCACCAUUAAACACCCACACGAAUACAUUUGUGUGGACCAAUUGAAAUUCUACCGAAGGCGAAAUCCACCGGAAUUUUUAACCAAAAGCCAACUGUGUCUUUCCCACCCUCUUGCCUCGAGUAAUGAGAAAGAUCUUCCACCAGCAGAACGAACAUUGAAUACGGAAUAUCGCAUUCAUUUCCAGCAUUUACCACUGGCAAAACGAACACAGUCCCUAAGGCGUGCUACAUCAUUACGCCUGGAAGGUUUAAUGCCCUUCAAUAGAUCAGAGCAUCAGGAUCGAUAUCUUUGGUUUACACCAGAAGACUGGAGAAGUUGUCGUUCAUUUCCCAUGCGAAAGCCUGAAAGUCUCCGAUUAGUUGGACCCUUUGAAAUGGAACCAGAAUAUCGUUCUUCGUACAUAACCUAUCCCAUGGUAGAUCGUGCCACAAAAAUACUACCCCGUGAAAUGUUUCGUAUACAUUCACCGCCAAAGCCCAAGGUAGUCGAGAAUACUAGUCCCGACGAAAUCGAAAUAAUACACAAACUAAAGGAAGAUAAGCAACAACGAGAGCGUGCCGCGGAACAGCAACAGGAAUGUCAUUUACAAAAACGUGCGGUUACCGAUGAAAAAGACCCCAAAGUUUCUCCAUCAGAAUAUAAACGACAAUUUGUCCCACCAUCAGCCAGUGAAAAGGCUCACUCCAUACCUCAAAUGAGCCAUAUCAAAAUGCAGGGUAACUUCCAGGCCAUACCCGAAUAUCAGGAUAAUUUCAAAAUGUAUGCUAACUACAGCAAACCGGAAGCCAUACGAAAGGCGGACAACUUACGCAUGUCCGGCUCUGAAAUUCAAAUGACAAAUGAAAACGAGAACGUUUUGCCAGAAUAUCGAGCAAAAUUCCACCAACCUCCAAGGGGUAUCGAAAAGGAAAAGCCUCUCAAGACAGAGGAUCAUCUGAGGCCGAAUGGACAAUUUUCAAAAGAUGUGCCAGAAUACUACGAGAGCUUCCGUGAUCCCCAGGUCAAACAAGUGCCCGAGAAAGGGAAAUGUCGUGAGCCAUAUCUACACUUGAAGGGAAAGCUGGAAUUCAAUCCGGAAUAUAGAAACACCUAUGUGGAUUUUCCCCGUUCAAGGCCAGUUGUAACAAAACCAACUUCCAGUUUUCGUUUGCCCACCUCCAAUACCAACAUGACCACAAAGUCCACCCCAAAACCCAAACGUCCCAGUCCAAGUCCCUCGAGAUUCAAUGAGGAAGAUGAGAUUUUGAAACCAAUACCAAGUAUCAUAGAACCCGAUGCUGAAUUCACACAGUCUCCCGAAUACAGAAAGGCUUGUUAUCAAUAUCAAUUACGAGAGAGAUCUCCGACACAAAAAGCCAUACCCGAAAUGCCCGUCAAGGAUGCAAAGAAAUUAAUUCGUAAUGAUCGAAAAUCCCCUAUACCACAUGCAAAGGCGGCCAGUACGAGUACUAAUUAUCGGCAACGUAGAACUUCCAUAUUGGAUUCUCAGUCCUCUUCGCCUGGUAUGGAAAAUAUGACCCAAAUAAGAUAUAAACCUGCACGAUUUGGUCGUCGAGCUGGCGAUUCGGCACUAAGAAAUGCUGAAAAUUGUCGCUCCAAUACCUCGAUAAUAGAGGGAAAUCCUAAAUAUACAUUAACCCAACGUAAAGAUGCUGCCUAUAAUGCGGAAAAUAUUCACGAUUCAUUUGUAGUAUUAGAUCCGAAACCUAGUAAACUUGCCCACUGGAUAUAA